ACAAAAUGUCAGCCUCCAUAAUCAAACUUUAUUAGAAAAAGAAGAGUGGAUCUUCCGUCUUCAUCCUUCAAGUGAGAAACAAACCUACGGAAAUUCUCUAACCUUGUAAAAUAUUCUAGAAGAUGGUCUUUGUUAUCUGACUGAGGAUUGAUAAGACAUUUCACCAUGAGGCGCUCGGCUGCCCCCUCCCAGCUUGCCUCGGCAUGUAAGAGACCACGAUUUACCCCUCCUUUUGCAGUCAAACAGACCAGUGGCAACGAGAACACUUUGGAAAUCAAGAAUCAGAGAUUAUCAACAUCAAAUAGAUGUUAUGAUGCACAGAAACCAAUUGACGACCGCUCCGCUCUAAAUGUUCUCCAGCCUCACAACCAGACAAGAGAACCCUUUGGUCAGACGUUAGGUUCUUCAGCUUUCACCAGUCCCAUGAAGCAAACUUUAAAUGCAAGACAAUCACCAGCAUCAAAUGUAGAAGAAGACUCUGCAGAAAUCAGAAAUUCAACAAAUGAUUUAUCGGGAUGCACUGAUAACAAACUUUGUAGCAACUUGAACAACGAAAAUUCAGUCCAGCCUCAUGAAGGGUCAAAGGUCAAACAAGGUCACCUCAUUAGUGGGUCUUUAGGAGACAGCGCAUCAGCCAGAGAACAAGCACAAGCUCCUGAUGUGAAAGCAAUACCUAGAAGCAUCCAGUAUCGAGGGUUCAGGCAACCCUCACUGCAGACAACUCAUCCUCCUAAGGCAGUAGCUGUGCAGGAGCAAGGGGAACCUGAACCACACUACUUCAAUGUUGUGUGGUGCAAGUUGUCCAAGAAGAAGCACAAGAAGUGGGAAGGGGAUGCUGUGCUUGUGACCAGAGGAAAGUCUGUCUCGUUAUUAGACACAGACGGAAAAGAAAUCGGCAAGGGUAGAGGCUACAAAUCCACUGAACUCAGCAGCUUGUCAGAAGGGCAUACGUUGGUCAUUGGUGGCAAGGAAAUUGAGGUUAUGAGUGAGAUUCCCCAAAAUGAUUUCACUUCAGGCAAAUGUUUCCAGACAACUUCAGCUGCCUCUCCUCCAGAAGAGAAUUCCUUUUCGUCAAAGCCUCCUUCUGCUGCCAAGCCGUUCAUGAACCCCCUGAAGGCUGGAUCAACUGCAUUAAAUCCUCUGGCCGGCUCAUCCAACAAAACAGCUCCAAAACCUCUCCACGAUGCAACACAACCCGAUGCCCUCGUUAUGCCCCGCCCUUCCUCUGCACACCAGUGGGCCAACAAUCCCCAGCACCUCCCUGUAGUGGAUGUGGUCUUGGACCCCUACUUGACAUCCAAGCUCAGACCCCAUCAGCGAGAGGGAGUCAUCUUCCUGUAUGAGUGUGUGAUGGGAAUGAAGGGUUUCCAAGGAAAUGGGGCAAUACUCGCGGAUGAUAUGGGACUUGGGAAGACCCUCCAGUGUAUCUGUCUAAUAUGGACACUGUUUAAGCAAGGUCCUUACAGGGGCAAGCCCAUCAUCAAGAGAGUGUUGAUUGUCACACCGGGAAGCCUGGUUAAGAACUGGUGUCAGGAGUUCAAGAAAUGGCUCGGUAAUGAGAGAAUGCGAGUGUUUCCUGUAAAUGCCGACAAGAAAGUCCAGGAAUUUGCCAGCAGUCCAAUCUACCCAGUCCUUAUCAUCAGUUAUGAGAUGUUCGUUCGAUCCAUUGAGGCCAUCAGAAAGAUCAGCUUUGACUUGAUUGUCUGUGACGAAGGACAUCGCUUGAAGAAUACUAACAUCAAAACAACAUCUCUAAUAUCAAGUAUCCCUGUGCAGAGACGGAUUCUUUUGACUGGAACUCCAGUUCAGAAUGAUCUUCAAGAAUUUCAUUCAAUUGUUGAAUUCUGCAAUCCAGGUGUCUUAGGGUCCAGCGGAGCAUUCAGACGUGUAUAUGAAGAACCCAUUAACAAGAGCAACCAACCUCAAGCAACGGAAGAAGAGAAGAAACUAGCUGCUACUAGAGCAACAGAGUUGUCCAGAUUGACUGGUUUAUUUGUUUUAAGGAGAACUCAAGAGAUCAACAACAAGUAUUUACCUCCCAAAGUUGAGACAGUCGUCUUCUGCAAGCCAAGUCGUCUCCAGCUUGCUCUGUAUCAGAAGCUUCUAAGUUCCCGUGUGCUCCGUAGCUGCCUGACUGCCUCCAGCGAGUCCUCCCCUCACCUUGUCUGCAUCAUGGCGCUGAAGAAGCUUUGUAACCAUCCCGGGCUGCUGCAUCAAGUAUGUCAAGACACGGAUGAGGAGCGUCAGGCUAGGGCUUCUCUGGAUCCUGGCUACUUGCAAGAAGAAUCAUUAUACAAGGACCUGCUUCCACUCUACCCUGAAGGCUUCACCCUGGACAGCCUAGACACUGAUCACUCAGGCAAGAUGCAAGUCCUUGCUAGUCUUCUACGCUCAAUGCACAAAGAUGGUCCAUCAGAGAAGAUUGUCCUGGUGUCCAACUACACACAGACCCUGAGUCUACUGCAGAUGUUGUGUGAGCAGGAAGGAUAUAAAUUCUGUCGUCUUGACGGGAGUACACCGACCUCAAGACGCCAGGAGAUUGUAGAGCAUUUCAACAGCUCAUACUCACAAGAAACUGUAUUUCUACUGAGUUCCAAAGCUGGUGGUGUGGGCUUGAAUUUGAUUGGUGCAUCCAGACUGCUGCUCUAUGACAUCGACUGGAAUCCAGCCAAUGAUCUGCAGGCAAUGGCAAGAGUUUGGAGAGACGGUCAGAAGAAACAAGUUCAUAUUUACAGACUCAUCACAACGGGUACUAUUGAAGAGAAAGUUUAUCAAAGGCAGAUCAGCAAGCAAGGCCUGAGUGGGGCUGUGGUGGAUGCUAAGAGCCAUGGGCAUGUCAAAUUCUCACUGGAAGAUCUUAAGGAUCUAUUCACUUUGAAUGAAGGCACAGUGUGCAUAACUCAUGACAUGAUGGCAUGUACAUGUCAGACUGGUACAGAAGUAGUCCUUGAUAACCCACAGGAGAGUACAGUGAAUAGAACUUGCCAACUUGGAGCCAAGAAGAACAGCACUGACAAGAGGAACCUGGCCAUGAACCAACUUAUGGAAUGGAAACAUUUCUUGGGUCCACUAAAUGAAAACUACCAGGAUGAACAUAUAGCGAGUGCUGGAACGCAGAUCACAUUCGUAUUUCAGAAUGAAACCAACGUGAAGCCAUUGAAUAUUUAGAAUCAACAAACAAACUCAACAAGGAGGAACAUUUAUGAAUCAUUCUGCAAUACAUUGACAUUAUUGUAUAGAGCGGUGUUUUCGCCUGCUGAAAACCAAAGAGGUAAUAGUUCUUAAACUGAUGAUUUAAGCAAAAAAUAAGCAGUCUACAAGAACUGACAAGAAUCUGCAAACCGACGAGAAGAAAGCGCUCACACAAAUGCUCAAGGAUCCAUUCUACGCAUCCAAAUUGUGAGUUCUUGAUGCAUAGAGGUCAAGGUAAAAGCUUGUAAGUGACAUACAUUUUUCAAUUGGUGUUUUCUUGAUGGCAAAUCUUCCUGGCGAUGUGGUUGUAUCAGCUAAAAAGGAAGUAGUGACAUGGGCCGCCUUUAAAUGGCAGGGGACUGUAAGAGACUUUACAUCAAACGAGACACACAGCCAUCUGGUUACAUAAAAAUGGAGUGCUAUGUGCACUCGGAUGCAAAUUUUUUAUAACUGAAUGCAGCUUAUGAGGUUUUCCUCCUAUUGACCCCUUGCACGUGUGUCACACGCGGCGACUGAUCCGCGCUCACCAUGUUGGUGGGCAAGUUAGG